GAAUAUAAUCCUGAAUACUCCUAAACCUACUCUUGUAAAUGCGCGGCCCAAGGGUGACUGUCGUGUAGUGUAGCAGUUUAGGGUUAACUUUAGGCCAGAGAUAAUACGUGCUGCUCUGUACAUUUUGUACUUUUCACAUGUUCUGUUCCCGUUUCAUAUUCUGAUUUUGUCUAUGUUUUUGUGUGAAACAUCUUGUUGAACUGUGCAUAACUCCUGUGUGACCUUGAUACUGAGUGUGCAAAGCACAUUCCAUAACUUUCUACUGCUGAUACUCCCUAUGCAGAAGUGUGUAUAUAUACGCCCUGACGCAGCUAUGUGUCAGGACACGCAGAGAAUAAACCAGAUUGAUUUAGACUCAUGUGGUUCGCUCUCUUCUUGUCCUCGGAGAUCUCCUGGUAACGCAUCUGAACAGCACGCAGCGCAAUCUUAACAAUUUGGUGACCCCGACGUGAUACUCUCAAUCAGUGUUCCUGUGGGCCAUGAGACUCAGCCCCUGUUUGCUUUCACACACAGGGGAAGACAAUACACGUGGACGCGGUUGCCACAGGGUUUCAUUGACUCACCGGCGGUCUUCACUGCCGUAUUGCGGGACGCGCUGGCUGAUCCCUGUCUUCCCCGGGGCUCCACGGUGCUCCAGUACGCGGAUGAUCUUCUGGUAACGGCGGAGGAUCAAGACGCUUGUGCUGCCGCCACAUUGUCUCUCCUCACACUCCUGGCGCAGAAGGGUUUCAAGGUCUCCCGCACGAAGUUGCAGUUUUGCCUCACAACUGUUCGCUACUUGGGACAUGACCUCUCCCAGGGUUCCAGGAGGCUUAGCCCGGAACGCGUUCAAGUCAUUAUGGACACUCAGGUACCUGCAACCAAGCACGCUCUCAUGGCAUUUCUGGGCCUCAUCAAUUACUGUCGUCAAUGGAUCCCUGACUGUUCAAUCUAUGACAAUUGUUUGCGUUCAGCUAUAAGUCACUCAGAUCCUUUGACUCAGCCCCUGGUCUGGACUGAGGACAUGCUAACGGCCUUAAAGGCUCUGAAGCAAGCUUUGUGCUCCGCCCCUGCUCUCGGGCUGCCGAACUAUCGUUUGCCGUUUCACCUGUAUGUGUGCAAACAGAAGGGGACCGCCUCUGGGGUGCUGGCUCAGGAGCACGGGGGGGGCAUGCGACCUUGCGCGUUUCUGUCUAAAACUCUUGACGCUGUGGCACAAGGGCUUCCUGGCUGUCUUAGGGCUGUUGCUGCGUGUGCUCUCAUGGUCACGGACGCUGAAAAACUUGUUUUGUCGCAUCCGCUCAUUUUACACACUUCACAUGACGUCGUGUACAUUCUGCGGAAUCUUAGCACUCAGCAUUUGUCUGCUCAGCGUCGCUCUGGCUAUGAGUUUAUUCUUUUGGCCACAGAGCAUCUCACUGUUAAGCCCUCCUCGUCGUUUGAUUCUGUCGCCCACGCUCUUCAGCGUCUUCUUAACUCACAGGAUGACGAUGUUGCGUUUGACUCACAUGACUGUCUUUCUAAUAUCGUUUUUGAGACUAGCAUCCGCCCAGACUUACACUCCACCCCUCUUUCCACAGGCGAUUCUCUUUUUGUAGAUGGUUCCUGUUCCCGCCCUGCGGAUGGUGUGUUCCUGUGUGGUUACUCUGUUUGUCGCCUCCCUGAUGAAAUUGUUGAAGCUCAUUCUUUGCCUUUUUCUUCUGCUCAGGCUGCGGAGCUCUAUGCUUUGACUCGCGCAUGUAUUUUGGCUCAAGACACAGACGUUACUAUUUACACCGACUCACGCUACGCUUUCGGCGUGGCGCACGACUUCGGCCGCAUUUGGGCGUCUCGGGGGUUUACGACAGCCGACGAAAGUUGCUGUGACAAUAGCUGACGGCCUUUUCAGGGAUCCCCUUCCAGCAUCUGGAGCAAUCCAGUUUCGGCUGAUCUACAAAGAGGGGAUGGUUGGUGAGUCUUGCAAAGUUCUGGGCUGAAGAGUCUGAAAAGCACGGGAGCCUGUGAUAUUUUUCGCCGUCUGCACCCUGUGAGCAUUAGAGAACAAAGUCAGUGACCAGUAUGACUUUCUUCAUCAUCGUGCUGAUCUCAACGCUUGGGGCAGGGUUACCCGCACAAGCAAUACACCGGGACCCAAGGGAUAACGAGUUUUGGAAAUAUAUAAACUUCACUGUAAAAACAUCAAUGAAUAUGAGUAUACCUUGUUAUGUGUGUUCUUUGUUACCCCAUGACAGCAGCGAUCCUUUUCCGGUCCGAAUAGCCCCAUCUAACUACUCUAAGGUUAAUAUGACAUGGCUCAGCCUGUGGCCCUCGUAUACUCAAACUAAGGUUUUCCUGACAGACAAUACAGACCCAGAGGUAAGGUUGUCAAUACACUGGGGUGUGAAUAAUACUCUGGGCUUGCGUCAGAGUAUUAAAGAGGGGAUUGUAAGAAUAUAAUCCUGAAUACUCCUAAACCUACUCUUGUAAAUGCGCGGCCCAAGGGUGACUGUCGUGUAGUGUAGCAGUUUAGGGUUAACUUUAGGCCAGAGAUAAUACGUGCUGCUCUGUACAUUUUGUACUUUUCACAUGUUCUGUUCCCGUUUCAUAUUCUGAUUUUGUCUAUGUUUUUGUGUGAAACAUCUUGUUGAACUGUGCAUAACUCCUGUGUGACCUUGAUACUGAGUGUGCAAAGCACAUUCCAUAACUUUCUACUGCUGAUACUCCCUAUGCAGAAGUGUGUAUAUAUACGCCCUGACGCAGCUAUGUGUCAGGACACGCAGAGAAUAAACCAGAUUGAUUUAGACUCAUGUGGUUCGCUCUCUUCUUGUCCUCGGAGAUCUCCUGGUAACGCAUCUGAACAGCACGCAGCGCAAUCUUAACAGAAGCAGUCUGGGUUAUUUCAUAUCUUCUAAAUGGGAACGAAUUACGUAAGUUUGCUGAAUGAACACGCACAGAAAAACGGCUGGUCUGUGCAGUAUGAGGUAGUGAACACAUGUGGACUAGAACACAUGAAAACUUUCACGAUGAAGGUAAUGAUGAAUAAUCAGAGCUAUCCUGAGGGAGCUGGACGAAACAAGAAAGAAGCCAAGCAACUGGCUGCAAAGAAUGCCCUCGACUUUUUGGAAAAUGAUGACUCAUUACAUACAGAAACAGUUUUGAACUCUUCUGUCAGUUUCACACCUGUAACUCAAGCCAACUAUGUCUGCUGGCUGAAUGAACACUCUCAUAAAAAAAGAUUGUCUUUCCAACCUAAGGAAACCACCAAGAUGAGUCCGGGCUCUAACCUCCAAACAUUCUUGUAUGCUUGUAAGUAUGUCUGUGGUGAUAAAGAAUACCCUGAAGCUACUGGCAACACCAAGAAAGAGGCCAAGGAGGCAGCAGCAAAACUUGUUUAUGAUAUUCUUACAGAACAGGAAAUAGAGCAAGUCUUUAAAGAAAAUGGCAAUGAUGAAGAAAAUCCAAAUAUCCAAAACGUCAGGACGAGUAUACACCAGCUAAGGCUGAGCACACCUCCACCUUCUGAGAACACAACACCAGACAAGAACUACAUUGGGCUCCUUAAUGAAUAUUGCCAAAAAUCUAAACAAGUACCCAAUUUCAAAGCAGUGGGGCGAAGAGGGCCUGCACAUGAUCCUGAAUUUGUAUUCAAGGUCAUUAUAAAUAAUAAGGAGUAUCCCGAAGGACAGGGAAGGACUGCGAAAGAGGCAAGACAAAAAGCAGCUCAGCAAGCUUGGACUGAGCUUCAUGAGUCUGAUUUCAGCAGUCAGAUUUCAUCACCAUCCUCAGUGAGUGAGUCAACAGAUGAUGUCAGCAUGUUGCAGAGGAAUUCUUCAAAUAAUACUGACUCUCUGUCUAUCAUCUUUGCAAGCUCGUCUUCUGUACCAGAACCACAACCACAACCUUCAGAUGUUAAACCAAAAAGGCAACUAGCUGCAAACUUUCAUAAUUUACCGGGAACCAGUAAAAAGCAAUCCAACAUUAAUGCGCUCAAAAUGGCAAAACCCUCAACAAAGAUUACUACAGACUCCGACAAUCCAACAAAAUCAAGGUUUGAAAAAGAUUUUGAUUCAAUAACUCCGAUUGGCAAAGGAGGUUUUGGUCAGGUUUUCAAGGCCCGACGAAAGCUUGAAGAUAAAUACUUUGCUGUCAAGAUAGUAAAGUUUAACACGAAAGCUCGCAGAGAGGUCAUAGCUUUGUCCCAUCUUGACCAUGCUAAUAUUGUGCGUUACCACACAUCAUGGACUGACGAGAUUGUGUACAGAGAUGACACAUCAGAAAUUUCCAGCGCUUUAUCCUCCAGCAGUGGAUCAGAAUUCCUCUAUAUGCAGAUGGAAUUCUGUGAGGGAGAAACCCUGCGUCAGUGGAUUGAGGAAAGGAAUAAUAGACCUGAAGAAUAUCCAAAACGGAGACAGGAAGCAACAGAGAUAAUCAAGCAGGUCUUGGAGGCAGUGAAGUACAUUCAUUUAGAAAACCUCUUCCACAGGGACCUGAAGCCAGCAAACAUAAUGUUUGGGGAUAAAGGAGUCGUGAAGGUCGGUGAUUUUGGACUUGUUACCACAGAAGAGGUAGAUGAAGAUGGAAGUCAAGUGGAACGCACUAAGAACACCGGGACACGUUCUUAUAUGAGCCCAGAACAGAAACAAAAGCAACUCUAUGACAGAAAGGUUGAUAUAUAUGCGAUGGGCCUUGUUUACUUUGAGUUGCUUUGGUGCUUUGGAACACGGAAUGAAAAACAAAAGCAAUGGGAGGCUAUACGAAGUAAAAAGUUUCCAGAAACUUUCUCCAAAAAGUUUAAUUUUGAACACAAGCAAAUUGAGCGAAUGCUGUGUGAAGAUCCUGAGGCACGACCAGAAGCCAGCGAUCUGCUCGCAGAGCUAAAGCAGCACUCAGCCCCUACAGCCUCUCCUCCAGAGCACAAAAACAGAACAUGCUAAUGGGUGAACUUCACUCUCACACUUCUAGAUAAUAUCCAAGAACUCGGUGUGAAAAUGAACUUACCAUAAAUUAUGUCGUCAAGGCAAAUCCGUUUUAUUUGUAGAUGCUUUGAACAAUAGACAUUGAUGCAAAGCAGCUUUAUGGAAAAAUAUCAAUUUUAAACACAUGAAUUUAUCUCUAGAGUUCACUAAUAUUUCUCUAAAGUAUGAUGUAGAUAGCUUCCAUGUAACAUUUCAGUGAUACUGAAUAACAGCAUGGUGUGCUAUUUUUGGGGCACUUCAUUUGUUUUUGCUAGAGUAUUUCAAUCAUGACAUUGAAGAACUUUGUUUUCUAACAUCUUUUAAGGAAUGUUUUAACAAGACUGGAAAUCACGAGUUCCGUAUUAAUAGUCAUUCAUGGAGUAGGUUAUUAAUAUUUUGGUGGAGAAUGAGAAGAAAAAAUAUUUAUUCAAAUUGUAUUAAAUUACAGCUAAAUUGUUGGCAUGAUUACCCCAUAGAUCUGAUCUUGUCUACAUUUUAAUGAAAUAGGUUUGGGUCUGAUUUACAAUCAUUGAGAGAUUUUCUAUCAAAAUAUACCAACGUAUUAUUUAAUUUUUUUGUGUUUAGAUUGUUACUGAAUUUAAAUCUAACAGGAACUGAGCCUUUGUUGCUUUGAAAUAUCUCACAGAGGGUGUUGAUGUGACAUGGGUAGCAAAUUUUGGCAGAGAUUAUAGAAUAAUACAAAAAUUGUGAAAACAUAUUUUCAAUUCAAGUUUUCAAAUUCAUUUAGCAUUUUGAUCAUCAUUAAGUUCAUACCAGGGGUAAACCUUCAAUUCUUCUAUAGUCCACAUUUUUGAGCCUUGUUGUAUUUUUUUUUUUAAUCCCCGUGGCAUAUAAUGUGGGGGGAUAUAGGCUGUCUGUCUGUCUGUCUGUCUGUAAACAUUUUAGUUUCCAGAGCAUAACUCAAAAACUAGUAGGAAUUUUUUCACAAAACCUCAGUUAUAUGAAGUGACUAGAGGAGUUGUGCCUUUUGACAUUUUGGGAUUUCUGUGAUGUAUUUUUUUUUUUUUUUUUUUACUUUUUCCGUAUUUCCAUAGCAUUCAACUUAGGAAAAGUUGGAGUGGGGUUUCAUGUGGGGGCCGGGGGGAUAUGGCAUCUCCUGAUGACUCUUGUUUUAAACGAGUGUAUUACUUGAUACUUACCAUGUUCUAGUUUGUUUUUGUGUUUGUUUAUUGUAUUUUGUUUUGAGACACCAUGGAAAUAGGAGGAAAGGUGGAUUUCAGUUGUUUAAUUAGCACAUCAUGAGUAUUAAUAUAUUUUUAGAUUCAUUAUGGGGAUGAAACUAUAUAACACGAAGGUCCUUGUUUCAUAAUUGUUUUAUAAUCUAUUUUUGUGUUUCCAAAAAUGUGUUAUUGAACCAGUUCAUUCAAGAAUAAAUCCGACAAGGAUAACUUGGA